CCAGUUUCUUUGUCAAAGCAAGUCCUAUAUAAACCCGCCUAUUGCCCUCCCAAUUCCCACCAAAACCCUUUUGAUCUUCGAUCAAGCAGCUAAGAGAUAUGGAAGAUUUGAGAAAAGCUGCAAAAUACUACUUGGAAACAGGGUCUGAGGAUUAUAAUGAGCGGGCACGCAGUGCUUUGGGCGGCGGAGAAUCCCUGGAGGAUUUCUACGUACGAGAGACGAAGAGACGCAUACGUAAGUGCGAUGUUUGCACGAAGCUUCUGGUUGGUUUCUACUUUUGUUGCACCAAAUGUGAGUUAUUCCAGGGGUAUAACUACAACCUCUGCGUCGAGUGUUUUUAUGGAGGAACAUUCCAACACAAUCAUGACACCUUCGCCGACAACCACAGUGUAAUGAUGAUGCUAAACGAGCAACGUUCCGAACCCUCUUGUGUAAUUGAAAAGAACAACGGAAAAGGCAAGCUAAAUUCCAACUCCAUACGCGAUGCUUCAAGUAGUGAUUCGAAGUCAAUACGCCGUGAUUCAAAUUUAAAAGACUCAAGUAGUCAUUCUAAGUUGACACAUCAUCAUGACUCAAGUAGUCAUUCUAAGUUGACACAACAUGACUCCAAUUUAAAAGACUCAAGUAGUCCUUCCAAGUCAACACGCCAGAACUCGAGUUUAAAAGGCUCAAGUAGCCCUUCCAAGUUAAUACGUCAUGACUCGAGUUUAAAAGACUCAAGUAGUCUUUCCAAGCCGACACUCUAUGGCUCGAAUUUAAAAGACUCAAGUAGUCAUUCCAACUCAAGUUUAAAAGACUCAAGUAGUCAUUCCAAGACGACACUCCAUAACUCAAGUUUAAAAGAAUCAAGUAGUAAUUCCAAGUCAACACAACAUGACUCAAAUUUAAAAGACUCAAGUCAUUCUAACUUGUUACUGCACAUCCCAGAUUCAACGGACUCAAAUAAUUCGAAGUCGAUCAUUUCAAAUCCAAAUUUAAGAGAGUUAUGUCGUUCAAGGUCGAUCUGCAGUGUUUCGGCGAGGACGAUUAUGAUAGAUGAAAAUGGUAUAAAGAAGUUGGCACAAAUCGCAGAUGCUCACUACCAUGCCGCCCCUGAUAACAUUAGGGCCUCUGCAGAUAAGUUUUUCUGGGAUAUGGUGGAGCAGCAAGGAAAAAGGAGUGUAACCAUGGAAGCUUUCUUGAAAUUCAUGAAAGAAAAGAGUUAUCCAGAAUAUGCUUACCCGGAGCUGUUCGAAAUGGUAGUGAAGGAUAGAAAGCAGGGAAUGAUACUCCAAGAAUCCAGGACUCUAUACUACAUCGUUCUGAGUGGAAGGCCAUUCUGCAGCUGGUGUAAAACCUUCAUCCCUGACAUAUAUUUCUGCUGCUCUAAAUGCUCCGCCCGUUCUUACGCUCUGUGUCUCGACUGUUACUCCAACAAAGCGUAUGUUAAGCAUAGGCACUACGGGGACGAUGAUGUCUUCUUCUUGGAUUACACUGUACUGCAUAAUACCAUCAAAGCUACGUCAAGACCGAGGGAAAGCGGAUCAUCCUCUAAGGCAAUCGUGAAAAGGAAUCCGCGUGAUGAUAAAGUGGUGGCUGUAUUGAAGGUAGGACAGGCAAUACUCAACGCUGGUGCCACGGUUCUGACAAUUGCCAGUACUCUUGGUGCUUGCACCAUCAUGUGAUGAUCAACACAAGUAUGCAUGCUGGCCGAGUUGCCUCUUAGCUUAUUGAAUGUAAUUGGAGGGUCACAUAUUGAUUUGAUACCAAAUUGAGGAAUAAUAUAAUAUUUUUCGUUUUAAAUAAUAAGUUCAAGUUUUUGAACCA